GAAUCCCGCGCUGAGCGAGGGGGCGGGCUGCCCAGGCCAUGGCACAUAAAUCCACUGGCCACCUGCGGUGGCUACUACUGCGCUGGCCACCACCUGGUACUCACCUUGCUGCUGAGGAAGUCUCGACUUCUGUCAUCUCUUUGGCCUCCGAAGUCUCUGUCGCCGUCCCUUUCAAGCCCUGAGCCCGCGAGCCCCAGCCGCGCACGCGGACAUGGGCGGCAGCUCCAGGCCGCGCUGGGUGGCUGUGGGACUGGGCGUCUUGGGGCUGCUGUUUGCUGCGCUCGGGGUUGUCAUGAUCUUCAUGGUGCCCUCGCUCAUCAAGCAGCAGGUGCUCAAGAAUGUCCGCAUAGACCCCAGCAGCGUAGCCUUCGGGAUGUGGAAGGAGAUCCCCAUCCCCUUCUACCUGUCCGUCCACUUCUUCGAGGUGGUCAACCCCAACGAGAUCCUCCAGGGCGAGAAGCCAAUAGUGCGGGAGCGUGGACCCUAUGUCUACAGGGAGUACAGACAAAAGAUCAACAUCACUUUCAACGACAAUGACACUGUGUCCUUCCAGGAGCACCGCAGCCUCUACUUCCAGCCAGACAGGUCCCAGGGCUCAGAGAGUGACUACAUUGUACUGCCUAACAUGCUGGUCCUGGGGGCUGCAAUAAUGAUGGAGAACAAGCCUUCAACCGUGAAGUUGAUGAUGACCCUGGGGCUGGCCACCAUGGGCCAGCGUGCCUUUUUGAACCGCACGGUUGGCGAGAUCCUGUGGGGCUAUGAAGAUCCCUUUAUUAAUUUUCUCAACAAAUACUUCCCAGGCAUGUUACCCAUCAAGGGCAAGUUCGGCCUGUUUGCUGAGAUGAACGACACAAAUUCUGAGGUCUUCACUGUCUUCACUGGCGUUCAGAACUUCAGCAGGAUCCACUUGGUGGACAAAUGGAACGGGCUGAGCAAGAUCAACUAUUGGCAUUCAGAGCAGUGCAACAUGAUCAAUGGGACUUCCGGGCAGAUGUGGGCACCAUUCAUGACACCCGAAUCCUCAUUAGAAUUCUUCAGCCCGGAAGCCUGCAGGUCCAUGAAGCUCAUCUACCAGGAUUCAAGGGUAUUUGAAGGCAUCCCAACUUAUCGCUUUAUAGCCCCCAAAACUUUGUUUGCCAAUGGGUCCGUCUACCCACCCAACGAAGGCUUCUGCCCAUGCCUGGAGUCCGGCAUUCAGAAUGUGAGCACCUGCCGUUUUGGUGCGCCUCUGUUUCUGUCCCACCCUCACUUCUACAAUGCAGACCCCAUGCUGGCCGAAGCCAUCACUGGUCUGAACCCUGACCCAAGGGAGCACUCCCUGUUCCUGGACAUCCAUCCGGUCACUGGGAUCCCCAUGAACUGUUCAGUGAAGUUGCAGAUGAGCCUCUACAUCAAAUCCGUCAAGGGCAUUGGGCAAACAGGGAAGAUCAAGCCUGUGGUCCUGCCGAUAGUAUGGUUUGAACAGAGCGGGACCAUGGGCGGCGAGCCCCUGAACACGUUCUACACGCAGCUGGUGCUGAUGCCCCAGAUUCUUCACUAUGCGCAGUACGUGCUGCUGGGGCUGGGUGGCCUCCUACUGCUGGUGCCCAUCAUCUACCAGCUGCGCAGCCAGGAGAAAUGCUUUUUAUUUUGGAGUGGUAGUAAAAAGGGCGUGCAGGAUAAGGAGGCCAUUCAGGCCUACUCUGAGUCUCUGAUGUCACCAGCUGCCAAGGGCACGGUGCUGCAAGAAGCCAAGCUGUAGGUGCGUACCAGGGUCCCAAAGACACCAUGAGCCCCCCAAGCCUGAUAGCUUGGUCAGACCAGCAACCCAGUCCCUUCACCCCACUUCUUGAGGACUCUCUCAGCGGACAGCCUGACGGUGCCAUGGCCUGAGCCCCCCAUUGUCACACCUGUCCACAUAUCACACAUGCACCCAGGCAUGUACAAAAACACUCAGGGACCAGGGACAGACUCGCUGCUGAGUGUGCCUGUUGGGCCACAGGCGCUCUCUUCUAAGUGGCCUGUGCACCGGGCUGUGGGAACUGAAACUGCCAUUGGCCCCUCCUGUGAUGGGCAGGCCCUGCC